AGCGGGGGAGGGGAGAGGAUAGAGACGGAGACGGAGAUGGGGAUGGAGAAACGGGUUGGUGUUUUUGUAAUACUUUUUGCUUUUCUUUAGGUUGGGGUUGGCGAUGGAUGAUGGAUAUCCGCAUUGGGUCGGCCGACUGGCUUUUCCGGCCACGACGACGACGACGACGACGACGACCGAGACACGACCACCACCAACGACGGCUUCUCGGCGUGGGCCGCCGCUACUGCACGCUGCGCUGCACUGCACGCUGCACGCUGCAUGCACGAUCCUUCUGCAGUCGUGCGGUCGCCGGUCGGCUUACUUACAUAACUACAUACAGGUCGACCCGUCUUGGGUCUGCUUACAUGCACGCCCGUCAGGCCGUCCAAUCACUCUCACGCAUCCCAUACUGUAGCCAAGGCAUACGUACCGUAGUUAGCGAAGCCAAGUCAAGACGCAAUCCGCACCCGCGCUGACCCGAGCCGCCGCCUCCCGGCCGGGCUCGCCGGCCGCUGAGCCGACCAACGACCCGGCAUGCGUGCACAAUAUGCAUGCGUAU